CAAGCUGAGGGCCACCAGAGGGCUUGGUUCUCUGUCCCGAGAGGGCCCUUGGUUGAUGAAGGAAUGCCAGAAAGAGACAGCAGCAGUUGCCACUGAAAAGGAUGCUGUGUUGGGCCGAGUAGGAACAGUCGCUUCUCCCUGCUAAAUAGAAGAGGACACCACCUGAAAAGGAGCCCUGGAUGAAAAACAGAAUGCUGAGGAGUUUCGUCUUUAUGUUUGAAACCCUUGCUUGGGAAUUAACUUGUGAAAAAAACACAAAAUGAAAAUGCUUCCUGGAGUGGGGGUGUUUGGGACUGGGAGCUCAGCUCGGGUGCUGGUCCCUCUCCUGAGAGCAGAAGGCUUCUCCAUCGAGGCGCUCUGGGGGAAGACUGAAGAGGAAGCAAAGCAACUAGCUGAGGAAAUGGACAUUUCCUUCUACACAAGUCGGACAGAUGAUGUCUUGCUGCAUCAGGAUGUGGAUCUGGUUUGCAUCAACAUCCCCCCACCAUCAACUCGACAAAUUGCUGUGAAAGCUCUAGGUAUUGGAAAGAAUGUCAUCUGUGAGAAAGCUGCCACCUCAAUAGAUGCUUUCAGGAUGGUCACAGCUGCCAGAUACUAUCCCAAACUCAUGAGCAUUGUAGGCAAUGUCCUGCGUUUUCUGCCAGCCUUCGUGAAAAUGAAGCAGUUAAUAGAAGAGCACUAUGUGGGCAACAUUCUAGUUUGUGAUGUGCGGGUUUACUGGGGAAGCCUUCUCAGUCACAAGUACAACUGGAUCUGUGAUGAGCUGAUGGGCGGAGGUGGCCUCCAUACUAUGGGGACUUACAUCAUAGACCUCCUCACUCACCUGACAAGCCAAAAGGCAGAGAAGGUCCACGGCUUGCUGAAAACCUUUGUCAAGCAGAACUCUGCCAUCAACGGCAUCCGCCAUGUCACCAGUGAUGACUUUUGCUUUUUCCAGAUGCUGAUGGCAGAAGGUAUCUGUAGCACGGUGACUCUCAACUUCAACAUGCCUGGAUCAUUUGUCCAUGAGGUCAUGAUCAUUGGGUCCGCAGGGCGUCUGAUAGCACGUGGGACGGAUCUGUAUGGCCAGAAGAACACGGCUUCCCAGGAAGAGCUCCUGCUUGCAGACUCUCUGAAUGUCAACACAGGGCUUUCAGAAAAAGGAUUCAAAGAUAUACCCCUGCUGUACCUCAAAGGGAUGGUCUGCUUGGUGCAAGCACUACGUCAGUCUUUCCAGGACCAGGAAGACCAGCGAACCUGGGAUCCCAAACCAGUUUCAUUGGCCGCUUCUUUUGAAGAUGGCCUCUAUAUGCAAAGUGUUGUAGAUGCUAUUAAGAAAUCCAGCAGGUCUGGGGAGUGGGAAGCUGUGGAGGUAAUGACCGAGGAGCCAGAUGCCAAUCAAAACCUUUGUGAGGCAUUACAGAGGAAUAACCUAUAGUGAGAGCUGAACUGGAAAUGUGCAGAAAUCUUUAAGAUGGAUACAUUCUUGUUUCUUAUUUUGAGGCGUGGGGGGAGAAAUAAUGGAGAGUUAUACAUAUGUUUAAAACCUCUAAGGAAAUGCUUUUGUGUUUAAACUCAUUUUAGAGAAUUUUAAAUGUUGCAAACAUAUAUGUGUGUUUUUUAAAGCAAAACUUUUGAAAUGGUGUAUCAUUAGGAAAACUUGAAUUGCCCUUUGCACUCAGCAGUAGCUAAAACAAGUGUAGCAUCUCUACCAUUGUGGACAAAUUUGUGUUUCUUCUGUGCACAGCUCUGGCAUUCUUGCAAGCUGGAUAUGACCGCACUAGAGGAGGCCAUUUUUAAUGGGAAUACUAGUGAUCUCUUAAAGACUAUUAUUGACAGGAAAAAACCUCAUAGAAGGAAUGUGAAGAGGCAAAUCUUUAAAAUCAGUUAUCAAAGGGAGUAGAAGGGACAGAUUGCAGUCUCUAAGAUUUUGUUCGAGGCUGAACUAAGGGUGAUGGUGUGCGUACAGGUUUCUGUUCAUGUAUGAAGCAGUGUGUGUGAGUUUAGUAGUAAAAGGAGGGUCUGGGAGAAAGAUGUUGGGUCCUUUUGCAUUUUUCCUCCUCUGCAGUCAGUUUCUAGAUCCACUUUUCUCUGUUCAUUUUUUUUCUGGCUCCAAUAUCAGAAUAGAAAAGGUAAGGUGCUAAAAGGGAAUGGAUGCUGCACUCCUUUUAUUGUUAUACCCCAAGGACAUACACCCCGCUUUAUAUGUGAUUGAUGGCUCUAUCCAGUGUUUCCUCUAACAGGGAUUCCCAGAUGUUGUUGACUACAACUCCCAUAAUCUCCAAGCAAAAGCCAUUGCAGUUCAGGAUUCUGGGAGCUGUAGUCAACAACGUCUACUGCCUCCAUCCCAUCUGGUUUGGCCCUUACUGUUGAAUAUUCAGGUUGAGAUUGUGUUGACACUAGCCGCUCUCUCCCUGUCUAGGUUAGAGUGCUUUGUGGACUCCAGCUGCUCUUCCUACACGUUGGCAGAUGUCCAAGGCUGAAGGCCUCUUGCACUUUUCUCACUUUCUCUCAUGCCCUGUUCAGUGCUGCCAAAUGCUCACCACCAGUGGAAGUCUUGUGGCAUUCCUUGCUUGGCAGCACAGAAGCCAGGUCUACAGCCAGCUUUGAUAGUCUGAUAUUGACUUGCCAAGUGUUCUGUCUGACUGUUUAAUGAAGCAGAAAUUUAAUCCUUCAAGGGAUAUGAAGUUGGAUAGAAAGAAAGUCUCUUGCUGUCUUCAGCUGUGUGCUAGUAGGAGUAGUUGUUAGCAGAGAAACUUAAGUGGUUUUGGUUAGAUAAGUGAAUUUAAUCAGACACUGGACAAUGUUCCCUAUCCCUUCCCCUGUGGCAACUCAGCUGCUGCUUGUAGAGCAGAUCUUUUGUGCAUAAUUUCCAGGUCUCAGAGCUGCUUUUCACUGGGCUUAAACUGAGAAGAGGUAGCUAACUUUUGUAUGAACUUAUUUGUUUACUUGAAUGUUUUUAUUGUUUCCUUCUAGGUUUUAAUCCUGUACAUUAAUAUAAAGCAUUAACAAGCAA